CUGAAUAUCUCCCAGCAUUAUGUCGACGUGCCUAAAUAUCAGCAGAUGAUUAACCGUGGAUGCCGAGACGAUUUGCUUUUCGUCCUGCCGUUCUAGGCUCAGUUAACUCAGUCACUGUCUUCCUACCACCACAACAUCGCAGUAACAGCUCCCACUAUCAACCUUACAGGUAUACUAUGCAUCAACGAGGAGGUGAUUAUACAAUAUUGGCCGAACUGCCAUUGGACAAGCUGCACGAAAAUUGGUAUUGCAGUUGAAUUGAUUGGGCAGCAAUAGUCAAGAGCUGUGCUCCACCGUACGAUCUGAAGCCAUCUUGAUGGACCGUGGAAUCAACGUCUCUCUGCGCCAAGUCG